AUGUACACGGUCGUGACUUUGGAGUACUUUUGGAUGCUACGUGCUAGGGACCUGCUUCGGUGGACGGCUAGCAACUGCGCUCCUCGUAGUAUUUCGAUGCUCACGUUGGUUUUCUUUUGUAGUACACACUUGGUGUUACAACUCGCUUGUGAUGCUACGUUUGUUAAAACCUGGGUUCCACUCUUUUCAUUAUCUUUGUCGAUGUGUUGCUUUGUAUCAGGGUUUUGGCUUAAACACUGCUACGGCGGUUUAAUCCAGACCUGUGCAAUGGUAGCAUGUCUGCUUCUAAUUGACUUUAAUGAAUCGUCACAACGACAUGAGGGAAUCCUCAUUGCCUGUUCUUCUCUCGGGUCGACUCGUGGUGCUGAUGCACAUCGGGUUGAUUCUUGCGUUGAACACGGUGAUGUACGAUAG